GUUGGUUUAGUUAUUAUACUGAUGUUAUGCUGGAUGUGAAUAGUUAUUACUAUAGUUGUGUUAGAUGUCCUAAGUCUUUGUGUAAUGUUUCUGACUCUGGAUGCCGUUGACGUGAUUCAGCUCGUAAUUAGAGUUUUGAGAGAUUCAGUGAAACGGUGCUGCAAGACUAGGCUAUGGCAACAUGUAAUCCAUACAUGCGAUGCGUUUUCACUUUAAUUUAAAUAAGAUUUGUAGUGUUACACAAAUACUUUGCAUCUGUAUAAUCCGUUUUAAUCCAAAAGGGGUGAGGGGGCAGCACGAUCCACAGCGUCAUCCACGGAGAUAAAAGUGGUGCUGUCGCGCGCUUUCAAUUCGGUUGAGUUUUGCCAUAGCGGAGAGCAUUACCGAGAACGCAGAACAUUACCGAGAACGCAGAACAUUACCGGGAUGACCAUCAACACAGUGGUGCGCGGAGGCGCACAGCGAGAACAGAUGGCUUGUCUCAGAAAGAUGGAGAAGGUGAUUGUUGCCAUGCAGGACCCAGAUAUGGGAGUCAAGAUGAGAAACCAGAGACUGCUCAUUACUGUCAUCCCUCAUGCUAUGACAGGCAGUGACAUCAUAGAGUGGCUGUUGCAGAAGUAUACCGUGAGUGAGGAAGAGGCACUGCACCUGGGAGGACUCCUGGUGCAUUAUGGGUAUAUUUACCCCCUGAAGGAGCCCAGAGCUCUGAUGCUCCGCCCAGAUGAGUCUCCAUAUCGCUUCCAGACUCCAUAUUUCUGGACUAGUACAAGGUGGCCACCAUCAGAGCUGGACUAUGCCAUCUUUCUAGCUAAGAAGAACAUCAGGAAGCAGGGAGAGCUGAUGGACUACGAGAAGGAGAGCUACAGUGUGCUGCACAAGAGGAUCAACCAUACCUGGGACUUUGUAGUGAUGCAGGCCAGGGAGCAGCUCAGGGCGUCCAAACAGAGGAGGAAGGCAGACCGCAUUGUUCUGGAAUGUCAGGAGCAGGCGUACUGGCUCAUCAACCAACCUCCGCUAGGAGCCAGUGAUGUGUUGGAACUUGGUCCAGAGAGACUCAACCACCUCGGGUCACGAGUCACACUGAACGCAGACUACUACAAGACAGAGAUUGAACAAAGUAGAAGAGCUCUUGGACGAAACCGUGUAAAGUCAUCUAUUUGCCUUGAGAGCUUUGUGAAGUACAGUGAACAGUACCAGAACCAUGACCCCAUCAUGCAGGGCUGUCUCCCUAGCAACCCCUGGAUCUCUGACGACACCUCCCACUGGAACAUAAACACUGACGUGGUGGCAGUCCCCACCAAGCUCAGGGUGGAGAGGUGGAGUUUCAGCUUCAUGGAGCUCCUGAAUGAUCCUCUAGGAGCCAGAGAGUUUAUGACCUACCUGGAGAAGGAGUUCAGUGCGGAGAACUUGUGUUUCUGGCUGGCCUGUGAAGAUCUGAGACACGGAGAAAGUGCCAAGAUCCUCCAGAAGGUUCAAGAAGUUUACAAGCAGUUCCUGGCUCCUGGAGCGUCUCGCUGGGUGAACAUUGACAGUAAGACGAUGGAGAAGACACUGCUGGGUCUGCAGCAGCCACAUCGCUUCAUCAUGGACGACGCACAGAUGCACAUCUACUUCCUGAUGAAAAAGGACUCCUUUCCCAGGUAUCUGAAGUCUGAUCUGUAUAAGAACAUGUUGGCAAAAGCAAUUGUCCCCCAGGAGACGAAGAAAAGUGUUUUUCCCUUCAUGAGGCGUCAGCGUCACUCUAGCCCCUCCCCUGCCAUGGUCUCCCAGGCAACGGAUGAUGAUGGGCGAGGCAAAGGGGCAGGGCCUGCAGGAACCAACUCAACAACCAUGUCCCAGGUCUGAUCGCCGUAGCAACUAAAUGUGAUCACCACCAUCGCUUUGUUACCAUAGAAACAUAUCCACUGCAUGUCUCUGGUUUGCAGGCCCCUCGCCCUUAGAACUGGAGUGUAAGCCCCAGCCUCUUUUCUAGAGUAAUUCCUCCUCCUCCACUGUGCGGAAUAGAACCUAUUGUGUAUAUGUGCCUAUAACGGGUGUUAGUACGGGUGCAGUCGGGGGGGGGGGGGAGCUGUGUGUGCACUAUGUUUGGGCGGGUGGGUAGCGUGAGUUGUUGACAGUCAAGUCCUGUUGUUGUUGUUGUUGUUGUGGUCUGAUGAUGCAUGUUCAUUUCAAUAAAAGCCAUGCUUACAUUCUGCAUCUGCAUGCUCGAAUCACUGUCUUCCAGUAUACACACACAACCAGAUAAGUACAUACACACACACACACACCAACAGAUAAGCAGACACACACAGCCAGAUGUAACUCCAGCCUGGAGAUUAUCCUUAAUCCAACUGCUUCCUUUGCUCAGCCUUCUCUGUGGUUAAACAGCCAAUCAGAGCUGUGCUGCCAUGAGGAGAUACAGCUAAGCCAAUCAGAGUGCCAGUAUACACACAGCAUGCUCCCUUGACAGAAUAAAAGGAACUCAAGAUGUGUAUCUUGAUUUUUAACAAAAACUUUAUCUUCCAGUGCAUUGCUCUUCAGAAUCACAAAAUUAAUACAAACAAAAACAAUAUAUUAAAAUCAAAUAUAAUUAAUUGUAUCUUCCAUCUUCCUGUAAUGUCUACACACACUAGAAUGUCUACGCACACUAGAAUGUCUACACACACUAGAAUGUCUACACACACUAGGAUGUCUACGCACACUAGAAUGUCUACACACACUAGAAUGUUGACCCACAUAAAGGAGAGAAGGAACAAAGAAAGCACAUGCAUUAAACAUUUACAAUCAUUAUGUGCAAAUAAACAUCUACAUUUAUCCUUUUGCACAGGUGCGAGAGGGAUGGAGACAGAGGGAAAGAGGAGACAGAGAGAAAAGAGAUAUUCAAAUACGGAGAGCGAGAGAGAUUCAGACAUGGAGAGCGAGAGAGAGAUUCAGACUGAGAGACAGAGGAAAAUGAGGCAUCAAUAACUAAUC